AGACCAGCCCUCAGAGAGUGACCCAAGACUCCUCAACAACCACGGUCAGCACCAUCUGUGCCUGUUGUACACUGGCUCUCCGUUUCGGCCGGAAUUCAUUCUGCGACGCACCAGUCCGUCCGUCUUCGCGCGUCACCUAAACCAGUCCUCCCCGGUAACAGGACGGGGAGCGGGGAGGACACCGUGUUUCCCCUCCCUCCUCGGUCGACCCGGGCUAGCAUGCAGCUGUUACACGGAGGCGCCGGGGGUGCAGCCCUGUGGCGACUCAGGAACAUAGUGCUGCGGCCGCUAAGUGGGGCCUGGCGCCCGGCGUCGCCGUGGGUGAGACGGGCGACGACGGCAGCAGGAGACUCAGUAAGCAUUGGUGAUGUUCACUUUAAGUUGAAACAACCGAAACAUCCUGAACUAGUCCCUUUGAAACACAUUUUGGAACCCUUACCUCAAGCUCUCGUACAGCACCUUCGAUGGAUCAUGCAGAAAGAUUUGCUGGGACAAGACGUGUUCCUAAUUGGACCACCUGGUCCUUUACGACGCUCAAUUGCUAUGCAGUAUUUGGAAUUGACCAAACGUGAGGCAGAAUACAUGGCACUGUCCAGAGACACCACUGAGACAGACCUUAAGCAGCGCAGAGAAAUACGGGCGGGAACAGCAUUUUAUGUUGAUCAGUGUGCUGUUCGUGCUGCAACUGAAGGAAGAAUCUUAGUGCUGGAAGGAUUGGAGAAAGCUGAACGCAACGUUCUACCCGUAUUGAACAAUCUUUUGGAAAACAGAGAGAUGCAGCUGGAAGAUGGGAGGUUUCUUAUGUCUGCAGAACGCUAUGACAAACUACUGAAGGAGCACACAAAAGAAGAGCUGGAUGUGUGGAAGAUCGUACGGGUUAGUGAGGACUUCAGGGUUAUAGCCCUAGGUCUACCAGUACCAAGGUAUCCUGGGAAUCCUCUGGAUCCUCCACUUCGUUCAAGAUUUCAAGCUAGAGACAUUUAUAGUCUACCUUUUAAGGACCAUUUGACACUCUUGUAUGCUAUCGGACCAAAUGUGCCCACUGAGAGAAUAUCUCAGAUGCUGUCUUUUGCAAUGGCCCUUUGCACUCAAGAAUCCACAACUCUUGGUUUGCCUGAGUUUCCCGUGGAUAAUCUACCAGCUGUCAUUAAAAUCAUGGAUGCAUUUCCCAUGAUGUCUGCUCAGCAACUGCUCCAUAGACUUUAUCCAUAUGAUUUAAUGCUUGGAAAAGAAGGUGUAAUUGGAGUGGAAGAUGUAUUGAAAACAUUCGAUUUGCUCGACUCCGCAAGUACCUCUCACCCAAAGGGAGUUACUGGUAUUAAAAAAAUGAAUGGCGAAACUUCACAUACUGAGGCUAUUGUUCAAAUUGGUGACAAAGAGAUGGCCAUUAAGAUACCCACUGGAACAAAACCAUCAAGGUUUCAUACAAAGUCAUUAAAUUUCAUCAAAACCUCGAGUCACAAUAGGCUUCUGGCAGAGAUGAUGCAGUCGCACAUGGUAAAGGAUAUGUGUUUAAUUGGUGGAAAGGGUUGUGGCAAAACUGUGAUUUCUAAGGAAUUCGCUGACCUGCUGGGCUAUCACAUUGAACCCAUCACUCUUUAUCAGGAUAUGACCGCCAGAGAUUUGCUUCAACAGAGAUACACUCUUCCAAAUGGUGACACAGCCUGGCGACCUGCACCUCUGGUCACUGCUGCCUUAGAUGGGAGAUUAGUUGUCCUGGAUGGCAUUCAUCGUGUCAAUCCUGGGACACUUGCCAUUCUUCAGAGGCUCAUUCAUGACAGGGAGCUAACACUUUAUGAUGGCUCCCACUUGCUCAGAGCAGACAGAUACCAAGAUCUGAAAAGGGAGCUGAAUCUUGCUGAUAACGAUCUCCAACAGAGGUUGAUUUAUCCCAUCCAUCCAUCCUUCAGGAUUUUGGCCUUGGCUGAGCCUCCAGCUGUGGGCAGUAGUACCCAACAGUGGUUGGGGUCAGAGCUUCUGACCAUGUUCUUGUUCCACAAUGUAAAGCCACUCUCCAUGAAAGAGGAGUUUGACAUCAUUACUAAAAUGAUUCCGUGUGUUCAGAAAGAUACCGUCUCACAGUUGUUGCAAUUUACAAACAGACUUCGACAGAGCAGCGAUCCAACAGCAAAAUCUCUGGCUUCAUCACUUUCCUUGCGGCAGUUACUCCGCAUCUGCAACCGGAUUUCACAUUAUCCAGAGGAAAGCCUAUAUCAUGCUGUAAAUAAGGCCUGUCUGUCCAGGUUUUUGCCAAACCUUGCCCGAUCAGCCUUGCAGAAGAAUCUGAAGGAUUCUGGGAUUGAGGCAAAUUCAGAUGUUGAGCAGGAAAGAACAGAUAUCAAAUGUGAAAUAAAGUCUGGGAUUCUAACAAUUGGGAAAGUUUCUGUUCCAUUGCACAAUCCAGAUGAAAAGAUGAAAGUACCAGAUACUCUCUUUUAUGAAAACACCCAGCACAUGCAGGUGAUGGAGGAAUUGCUCAAGGACUUCCUGCUUGGAGAACAUCUUCUUUUGGUUGGAAAUCAGGGCGUGGGCAAGAACAAGAUUGUUGACCAUUUCCUGCACCUUUUGAACAGACCCAGAGAAUAUUUACAGCUUCACAGGGAUACCACUGUUCAGAGUCUGACUUUACAGCCAUCUGUUCAACAUGGAGUCAUCACGUAUGAAGAUUCUCCUCUGGUAAGAGCUGUUAAACGUGGGCACAUCCUGGUCAUUGACGAGGCUGACAAGGCACCAACCAAUGUCACCUGCAUCCUGAAGACAUUGGUGGAAAGUGGCGAGAUGAUUCUUUCUGAUGGAAGACGCAUUGUUGUUGAUCAAGCCAGCGCUGAAGGAAGAACAGAUGUGAUAGUAAUUCAUCCAGACUUCCGAAUGAUCGUUUUGGCAAAUAGACCAGGGUUUCCCUUUUUGGGUAAUGAUUUCUUCGGUGCACUAGGUGAUAUUUUUAGUUGCAGUGCAGUUGAUAAUCCUAAACCCCAAUCUGAGCUUGCUAUGCUUCGACAAUAUGGCCCUGAUGUCCCAGAGCAAGCUCUUCAAAAGCUUGUGUCGGCCUUCGGCGAGUUGAGAAAUAUGGCUGAUCAAGGAAUCAUAACCUAUCCGUAUUCAACAAGGGAGGUUGUCAAUAUUGUAAAACAUCUACAGAAAUUUCCUACUGAAGGACUUGCAAAUGUGGUCCGCAACGUGUUCGACUUCGAUUCGUACAAUGGUGAAAUGCGUGAAACCCUAAUCAGCACGUUGCACAAGCAUGGGAUCCCAAUAGGAGCCAAGCCUACUAAUGUACUGCUGGCUAAGGAGUUACCUUUGCCAGAAUGUAGAUUAUCCAGCUACUGGACUUUCAACCAACCAGAGAAUGCACACUGCAAGAUCCUUUGCCCAACAGAGUCUCGACAAACACUGAUGAAGGGCCCCAUAUACCUAAAGGUUCAGGACUAUCCCCUGGAACGGCAUGAAUCAAGGGGGCUGAACUUCACAGAGGAACAAGCCCACUGGACUAUUCCCCUGAAUGAAGUUAAUAUUGUCUGUGAUGUUGCUACAAUCAAAGGUGAAACCACUGAUACCAUAUACGUGACUACAUGUAAUCCAGUCUCUCUGUACUCAAUGGACGUGCCUGGCAGCAACAUACAGUACGUGGAUUUGUAUGACAUCUUUCCCCGGAAUACCAGUCGUGUGUGGCAGCCCUUGGUAACGGCGGCUCCACUGGGUCAACCACUCCACAACCAAGUCAUAUUACACGAGGAGCAGAGUAACGUGAUCUUGUUAAUUAACUUGACCAAUGGUGCAGUCAGUCGAAUUAUCUUCUCUGGAAAAGAGCAGGAACCUCCUAAGAAGGCACACUGGUGGGCAAAUAAAGAAGACAAGGUCAUUUACAAAAUGUGCAGGGAAUUUUCACACAAAAAUUGGCUUGUCUUUUACAAGGAAAGAGGGAAUUCUCUGGAUGUAUUGGAUGUUCUGGAGGGUCAGGCGUACUCCCUUUCCCUGCCAAUCAAUGUUAAGUCUGUUCAUUUGGUAGCUGAAGACAGAUGGCUGCUGGUGGAAAGUAAAACCAAUAAGAAGUUCCUCCUGACAAAGCCAAUGCACAUUGGAUAUGACUUGUCAGGAGUUUGUGAGCUGCAGGCAGUAAAUGAGGAGCCAGUCCACACAGGAUUUGGGAUCUCUACAGCCCUGGAGCUCCUAAACCCCUGUACAGUAUCAAAGGAAGAAUUAUCCCCAGUGAACCUCAGUGCAGCUCUGGGACAGAAGAUUGCUUCUCCAAAUCGGAUUCUGUCGGAUGAAAACAGCUUUGCAACUAUAGUUGUUGGAUUUCCAGAUCUGAUGUCUCCCAAUGAAGUGUACACAUGGAAAAGAAAAGCUCAACUGGACAGAACUUUUGGUGGUUCCUCAACAGAAAAGCUCUUCUACGGUAGUAACUUGACUAGGAAUGUUAAACAGACCAACUGCGUAACCCUGACUGGGACCAACCAGGUGAUUCGAGCUGUUGCAGCCACAGAUGUGCCUCUAAAUGAAAUCUACCUACAAGAUGUGAAACCUCCAGAUACCACGGUGUUCUUAGAAGUAACUGAUCUAAACACCAAGAAAAUUAAAUAUGUUCCUAUUCCCAGGGCUGUCUCAGUCUCUCCGUAUACUCAGUGGCUGUCUCAGAUCUCAGAUACAGAAGUCCUAAUAGCACCCAUGGGAACUGGAGGAGUGGUGUCAGUGGAUUUGGGAGGGCAUGUCCGACUUUGGGAGACCGGAUUCCACCAUCUACAGCGUUCCCUGCUGGAGUGGAGGAACAUGAUUGGACAACAGGAUGGGCGACCAAUACAGAUUACCAUUCAGAGAGACAGUGGAUUGGACAUCACUGCUCCAAAGCAUGGAAGAGUUGAUGUACACAAUGCUCCUCACGUUGGAGGCAACACCUGGGCUGGUGGUACCGGUGGUAGAGACACUGCUGGCCUGGGUGGGAAAGGUGGUCCCUAUCGUUUGGAUGCAGGACACAAAGUGUACCAGGUGUCCCAGGCCGAAAAGGAUGCUGUGCCAGCGGAAGUCAAACGAGCAGCCAGAGAGAUGGCUGAGAAAGCCUUCAAGGAGAGGUUAAAGGAAAUUGAUAUGAGUGAAUAUGAUGCUGCUACAUACGAGAGGUUUUCUGGGGCUGUGUGGAGACAGGUGCAGUCAAUACGAGUUAUCCUGGACAGUCUACAGGCCAAAGGCAAAGAGAGGCAAUGGUUACGGCACCAGUCGAUAGGAGAGCUUGACGAUACCAAGAUAAUCGAUGGCAUAACAGGAGAGAAGGCAAUUUAUAAGCGCAGAGGAGAGCUGGAACCUGAACUUGGAAGCCCCCAGCAGAAACCCAAGCGCCUGCGACUCCUUGUGGAUGUCUCCGGCAGCAUGUAUCGCUUUAACGGACUUGAUGGCAGACUGGAGCGCUCCAUGGAGGCUGUCUGUAUGGUCUUGGAAGCCUUUGAAAACUAUGAACAGAAGUUAAAGUAUGACAUUGUUGGUCACUCAGGAGAUGGAUUCAACAUCGAACUAGUCCGAAGUGAACAUCUUCCCAGAAACAACAAGGAGAGACUGCGGAUUAUUAAGACAAUGUAUGCCCAUGCCCAGUUUUGUAUGAGUGGAGACCACACUCUUGAAGGAACAGAACAUGCCAUCCAAGAGAUUGCCAAAGAAGAGGCAGAUGAACAUUUUGUCAUUGUGCUGAGUGAUGCUAACUUAGAGCGAUACGGUAUCAGCUCCACAAGGUUUGCCCGGGCUCUGACCUGCAAUCCUCAAGUUAAUGCCUUUGCCAUUUUCAUUGGAUCCCUGGGUGACCAAGCUGAGAGGCUCCAACAGACUCUGCCGGCUGGAAGGUCCUUUGUUGCCAUGGACACCAAACAAAUCCCACAGAUAUUGCAGCAGAUCUUCACAUCCACUCUGCUGUCAACAACCUAGGAUUAUCAGGGUAGGAGUGACGUGCAGCCAGGAGAUGGUGGGAAAAGAAACACAUGAUUAAUUUAUCUUCAUUUGCAGAACAUCGCCAGGACCCAUACAAUGAUACCGACACCCGCUCCAACACACUUAGCUGUUCAUACCCUGUAGUUUGGAACAGAGACAUGAUGAGUGUCUGUAAACAAGCAGCUUUUCCACUCAAGGGCUCUCAGACAAACAUUAUAAUGUCUUUUAAUUAUCUCUUUGUAAACUUACAAACUGAUUGUUAAAUUGUAUAUGUGCAAUAGAGUUAUGUUAAGCCCAUAGAUAAUAGUCAUAGUCAUACUUUAUUAAUCCCGAGGGAAAUUGUUUUUUGUUACAGUUGCUCCAUAAAUAAUAAAUAGUAAUAGAACCAUAAGUAGUUAAAUAGUAAUAUGUAAAUUAUGCCAGUAAAUUAUGAAAUAAGUCCAGGACCAGCCUAUUGGCUCAGGAUGUCUGACCCUCCAAGGGAGGAGUUCCCUUGUGGAGAAUCAGUGGAGAAGUGGUUUUAUAUGUUCCAAAACAAAGUAUUUAUGGUGAUUACUGUGAUUACUCAUUAUAAAGCAGCAAGAAGUGUUUAGAAAUCAGAGCAAGAUGUGGAUCCCAUAGCAAGAAGAAAACUGCUGAUGCUUCUGACGCAUUCAUGGACCUGGAGAAUUAUAGUUGCUUCCCCUGUAGUGAUCUCUCAGCAGUGGUAUUGAUGUGGUUGUGAGAGGGAAUAGGUUAUAGGGAACUGAGGGAUAGAAUUGCUCGGAAGGCCUGCAUAGACUCAGUGGGCUAAAUGGCUUUCUUUUAUGGUGUGAGGAAGUACAAAAGCACUCUCACUGCCAAGUCACUGCAGUGCUGAAUGGAGUUACUGCUUAAACAAAACACAGUCAAAGUGUAUAUGAAGUUGAGGGUGGAUGAAAUAUGUUGCAAAAAAAUCCUUGCAAUUGGACCUGGUCUCCAUUGCCUCUUACUGGAAGGGAAAAGGACUUCCAGGCUUCAGAAUGCAGCUCUGAAAUGAGAAUAGUGUCAAAGAAAACCAACUGCCAUUCAUCCAGAUGCUCAUGGUCUUCCUAAUAUUAUCAAAUUUGUUCAAUGCCUGAAAACAACCAUCUCCACUGUAUGUAAUCUGUAAAGAAAAGCAGGAUGUAAUUUAGAUACUAAUUGUGAUUUCACAAAGCUAGAUAUAAAAAAUAUAUUGGUUAAAUUGUGACUUAAUUCAUGGUGUGUUAAUAAACAACUUGAACUUUAUU